AUCCACGAGGAGGAGGCUCUGUCCAUCGGCAUUUUUCGCUUACCAUGCAAUUCAAGAAUCCCUCUGCACAAUCACCCAGGAAUGACGGUGUUCUCCAGGGUGCUGUACGGACGCUUGCAUGUCCGAUCUUUGGACUGGGCAGAGCCAGAAGGAGCUUUCGACAGAGACGGUCAGCGCAAGGCUACAUUGCAGACAGAUUCUGUCAUACAGGCAGGAGAUCCUCCCUCUGUCCUCUACCCGCACGGGGGGAACUUGCAUGCCUUCACGGGUGAGACGGAUUGUGCUGUGCUGGACCUCUUUCUUCCUCCUUACAAUCGCAGGCAGGGUCGUGACUGUACUUACUACCGGGAAGUU